AUGGGCACCGUCGCUGAAGUUGGCCAUGGGCCGUCCCAUCAACCAUGGUGGAAGACAAGCCAUUUGAUCAAGCUCAACUCCAUCAUCCUGUCACUUGUACUCUUCUCCUCAGCCAACGGAUACGACGGCGGUCUAAUGGGCUCCAUCCUCGCGCUCAACACCUGGAACUCAUUCAUGCAGCACCCCACCGGCGCAUAUCUCGGCUGGAUGACAGCAAUCUACUGGCUCGGCAACGGCCUCAGCACUCCCCUCGCAGCAUGGUGCUCCAAUCGCUACGGCCGCAAACCAGGUCUCUACGCUGGCUACUUCUUCCUCAUAAUCGGCGUUGGAAUGCAAGCUGGUGCACCCAACGAGAAAGCUUUCACAUAUGCUCGACUCUUCAUCGGUUUCGCUGCUGGCUUCUUGGGAAACUCUGCUCCUGUGUUGAUUAAUGAGAUCGCGUAUCCUUCGCAUAGAGCUAUUGCGAGUGCGCUGUUUAUGUGUGGGUGGUAUGUCGGCGGUACGAUCUGUGGAUGGGUCACCUUUGCGUGCCGUGUUAUUCCUAAUGAUUGGUCCUGGCGCAUUCCGGUCCUGCUACAGAUUUUCUUACCGCUGUGUGCACUGCCGGGCUUUUUGAUGGCGCCGGAGAGUCCGAGAUGGUACGUCAGCGUUGGACGAUUAGAAGAAGCAACAGAUGUCAUUGCGAAGUAUCAUGCUGGAGGCAACAGGGAUGAUCCGAUUGUGAGCACGCAGAUGAUGGAGAUUGAGGCUGCUAUUACGGCAGAGAAGGAUGCUGCUAAGACUUGUCUCAAUGUCUGGAAUCUUCUUUGGGCUACUGCUGCAGCAGUCAGUGUUGAUCGACUUGGCCGCCGAUUCCUUUUCUUGACUUCGGCGAGUGUCAUGUUUUUAUCAUUCGUUGUCGUCACUGCUCUCAGCGCAUCCUUUGCCAAGUCUGGCGCUUCAUCAGUUGGAUUGGCUGUUGUGCCGUUCCUAUUCAUCUUCUUUGCAGGAUAUGACGUUGGACUAACACCAUUCCUUGUCGCAUAUCCCUGCGAGAUCUGGCAAUUUUCUCUUCGAUCCCGUGGUCUCACGGUGGCCUGGUGCACGACCGUCGCAUCAAUCUUCUUCAACAGCUUCGUCAACGCCAUUGCUCUCGACGCGAUUCAAUGGAGGUAUUACAUUGUGUUCGCCGUUAUUCUGUUCAUCUUCAUUUUCGUCGUCUAUUUUACCUACCCCGAAACACGUGGACACACGUUGGAGCAGAUGGCGGUUAUCUUUGAUGGUGAAGAUGCAGUGCCGUCUCAAGCUGUUGCGCUGGAAAAGACUGAUGUUGAAGAGAAGGAAUAAUGAUAGGAAUGUUGAG